AUGUCCUCAGAAUACGACUAUCUCUUCAAGCUAUUGCUUAUUGGCGACAGCGGCGUAGGGAAGUCCUGUCUGUUGUUUCGUUUCGCCGAUGACAGCUACACCGAGAGCUACAUUUCCACCAUUGGGGUGGACUUCAAGAUCCGUACCCUGAUGCUCGAUGGGAAGGUGGUGAAACUGCAGAUUUGGGAUACCGCCGGGCAGGAGCGCUUCCGGACGAUUACUAGCAGUUACUACCGCGGUGCCCACGGCAUCAUCAUUGUCUACGACUCCACAGACAUGGAGAGCUUCAACAACGUCCGGACGUGGUUGAACGAGAUCGAGAUGUACGCGAGUGAAAAUGUGAACAAGCUUCUGGUAGGGAAUAAAUGUGAUUUGGUUGCGAAGCGGGCGGUGCCUACCGAGUUGGCGGAGUCGUUCGCCAAGGACUUCGGAAUUCCGUUUCUGGAGGCAAGUGCUAAGAACUCGACGAAUGUAGAGGAGGCGUUUGUGAAGAUGGCGACAGAUAUUAAAAACCGCUUGGCUAUGAGCGGAGCGUCUGGCGCGGAUUCUAGGCAGCAGAACCGCCCAGAUAUGCGCAAAGCCAUCCCUGAGAGUAAAUCAUCGGGCUGCUGCUAA